CCAUUAUCUUCAUUUUUGUUCUUGUAAUUCCGUCGCUGCUCUGUGUUGCAUUUAAAGCGCUGCUGCUGCUGCUGCGUGGUCGUGUAUGGGCGAUGCAAUGUGUGGUGAUGAUGAUGUGAUGGAUGUGCGUUCAUUGGGAGCCGCGCACGCGGUGCAGCGCUUAACAUUGGCAUCGUGACAUCUCGCAACGGGUGGAAGGGCACUUUUGUUGUACCCGUGAAUAUUCCCAGCGUUGUGUUUGCUCGGUGCUUAUCGGUAUAUGCAUUUGUCCGUACACGCUGGGUGUUGUUAUCCUCUGCUCUAAAGUGUUCCCUCUUCAACCCCACCCCCUGUUUCAUUUUGGAGUUUCGCAAAGUCGAAGCUUUUGCCGUUUUGCAAAACGCGCGACCUCCCUUGCUCGUUCAUCACCCUCCUCCCCCAUCCCUCCCCAUUCACCCACGUGUGAUGCUGCUGCUGCUCUGGUGGCGACGAUGGUGCUGAUAGUGAUAGCGGUGAACCUUUCAAAAAGACCGUACGUGUAAAACUUCACGGCACCCACCACCGCCACCACCGCUGCCACAAACAGACAAGAUAGACUGACGUGACAGGGUUGACGGACGGGAACAGCAUCCAGGAGAAAUAUCAACAACAGCAGCAGCAGCAGCUACAGAAACGGCAGCAGCUACAACGUUGGAGUGGAGGUCGGGGUCGCCAGGGCCGGCCCUGUCUGGCCAGUGGCACAUGGCCUGGCCCAUGGCCCUAAGUAGACCUCACCACCACAUGGGGCCCAUGGCCAACCGGGCUCUGGAAGCAAUGGCUUACGCUAAUUCCUCCUACACGCUGCCAGCCUUGUUUAAUAUGCCGGUGUACCCGUGCCUGAGCUUCCCGAGCCCCGUGCCCUCGUGGGUGGGAGAGAGCGACGGUAUCAGCCUGCACUGCGGGGGCGAGGGCGGCGCCAUGGACGGCAGCGGCAAGGAGGGAGGCCUCAGUGUCACGCUCACGAUCCGCCUGCUCAUGCAUGGCAAGGAGGUUGGAAGCAUCAUUGGUAAGAAAGGGGAGACGGUGAAAAAAAUGCGCGAGGAGGUACGGUCGAGCGGGGCACGGAUCAACAUCUCCGAGGGCUCGUGUCCUGAGCGAAUCGUCACCAUCACCGGCCCCACUGACGCCAUCUUCAAGGCCUUCGCGAUGAUCGCAGAGAAGUUUGAAGAAGACAUUAACAGCUCCAUGACAAACAGCACAGUGACCAGCAAGCCGCCCGUCACCCUGCGUCUCGUGGUGCCAGCCAGCCAGUGCGGCUCGCUCAUCGGCAAGGGUGGCUCCAAGAUCCGUGAAAUCCGAGAGUCGACAGGGGCACAGGUGCAGGUUGCCGGCGACCUGCUGCCAAACUCCACGGAGCGAGCCGUCACAAUUUCUGGCACGCCUGAAGCAAUCAUCCAAUGUGUGCGGCAAAUCUGUGUGGUCAUGCUGGAGUCCCCACCUAAAGGUGCCACCAUCCCGUACCGGCCCAAGCCGGCCGCUUCCGCCCCGGUGAUUUUCGCUGGCGGGCAGGUAAGGCCGGAUGGCCUCGCUGCUCACGCGGGCAACCCUGCCGUCUUACCGCACCACCCGCCAGCCCUCACAGCGUACACCAUUCAGGGACAAUAUGCCAUUCCUCACCCAGAUGAUUCGUGCUUAGGGAUAGAUAUGUAUGGGUGUGCACCAUGGCUCUCCAGCAUGCAAAAGGCAUACGAUUCUUUUGGAGCUGCUUCUGCCCAUUACAUGCAUCAUACAAUGCAAAACCCGUUGACCAAGCUCCAUCAGCUGGCUAUGCAGCAUACCCCUUUUACCCCCCUCGGACAGACUACCCCUGGUUUCCCCGCAGGUUUGGACAAUGCUCAGACAACCUCACAUGAAAUUACCAUUCCCAAUGAUCUGGUAGGAUGCAUAAUCGGAAGACAAGGCAGUAAAAUCAACGAGAUCAGACAGAUGUCUGGAGCGCAGAUCAAGAUCGCCAAUGCGGUAGAAGGCUCGGCAGAACGACAGAUCACCAUCAUAGGAUCGCCAGCCAACAUCAGCCUGGCACAGUACCUCAUCAAUGCAAGCCUGGAUAUGGCUAAAGCCGCCAACCAGUCUGCCUCCGGCCAGAACCCCGUUGACCUGAACCUCCCUCAGCCCGCCUCCUCCUCCACCACCACCACCACCACCCCACUAGCCUCCGCCCCCACCCCCCUGGCUGCAACGGCGGCUGUGCCCCCCCACCACCACCCUGCUCCUCCUCCCACCUACGCCGUGCCUGUCUCCGUCUCCAGCCUGCUUGGCCUCAAGGCCGUCCCGCUGCUGGCCUUAAAUGCGGCGGCGGCUGCUGCCGCUGCCACCCCCGGGGCCUCGCUGGCGGGCCUGGCUGGCCUGACCGCUUACACGGCCAAAAUGCCGUCCGCAGCCGCAGCUGCCACCGGGGGCAAGAAAGGCGAGCGCCAGAAGUUUGCUCCGUAUUGACCAGAUGGGAGCAAAAUGAUGAUGAUGAUGCUGGCUUGAGGCUGCUCGUCCUCAUGAUCUGAAGCAACCAGGGCCCAAGAUAAUUAUAAAAAAUAAGCAUUCACUUUGAGAUUAUAGGUAACUGGCAGUUUGGACAUUUGCAUGUCACAGUGAGCAUUGUAACAAAAAAUGUUGAAAUUACUAUUAAUAAUUGGUCAUUAAUAUUGAAGAACUAAAUAAAAAAUUAAGUCUAAACUUGAUUGUUGUUCAAUGCUACCCCGUCUCCAAAGGUAUAACAGUCGAAAAGGCAAUGCCAGCCACCUCCACACAAAAAAAACGAAUCAAAAAUGUAAUCCAAGGUGUCAAUUUGUUAUUUUUUUUAUUUGAUAAAAGGUAAUGUAGGGAUCAAACCUCAAUGUUAUUUUCAUGUAACAAAACCAAAACCUCAUUUACAAAUUUUUCUUCAAAGGUUACACCUUUCGGUUUUAUGUCAAAACUGCAAGUAUGUAAUUUGUAGAAAUACAGAAUAUGGUGAUAGAAAAACCUGCAGGGCACAAUGCAAAACAACCUCCAUUGUCGACAUAAAACCCUCACUGUUAUCCAGUUUAUAUAUUUUUUGGUAGUUAAUACUUCGUUGGAAAGUGUAAAAUUGCCAGUGCUUUUUUGUUUAUCAUUGUGUUAUUUAUAACAUUCAUUGUUAUACUUUUGUCAUGUCUUCCACUGUUUUGGAUGUGCUGCCUCUGCUGCGUAUAUUCUGUGUGUUUGGCUUCUCGGAAGCUCUAUAAUUGUUCGAUCGUCGAUGCCGUCGGUGUGGAUUUGGACAGACUCUACCACAUGCGCGCACACCAAGCACAUGCCAUACAAAACUUACAGUACACCUUUGGGUUAACGUCUAUUCAGCGCUAUGUAAAGCUAGCCCUUUAUGCAAACUAUCAAGUGAGAACAAUCUAGUCCUUGUACGAGAUACGUGGCUGGUGAACAUCGGAUUACUGUCGUAAAGGAAACGUUAAGUGUGGAGGAAAUCACGAUUUGGGUUGAUGAAAAUCUGCCAAAACGCUAAGUUUAAAAUGUAAUUAUAAUUUUUCUGUUGAGAUUAAAGUGAGCGGAAAAAAACAUGAAAAAAAGUUUUGAGAGGUAUUAAAACUGCAAUAAGAACAAAAUGUUUCUUACGGUUUUUAAUCGACCCCGCCAGAAGUGAGUUUUUGCUGUCUGACAGUUUCGCCUCCUAUUGACGCACACCCACAAGUUUAACCAGUCCUGUUGCAUGGAUUACUAAUGCGUAAUUGAUAUGAAAACAUUUUUUUACCUACUGUAUGUAGUAAUUGCAUAACUGGACAUUUGUAUAUGAGCAUGAUGCGAAUAGUUUUAGAUGGAAAAUUAAUUAAAAGCACUGCAAAGUUGCGUAUUGUACAUAUAGAUUUUUUUUUAGAUUGUGAAGCAGGCUAACAUACUGGCCUGUGAUUUUAGAUCUGGGUUAUUUCUUUUCCCUAACCAUUGCUGUGGGAGUUGCUCAUGUACACACCCAGGUAUGUUAAAGUGGAGGUAUUGGUCUAUGUAUGGUGAAAAACUACCGAAAGUAUUUAUAAGUAUGGUGGCUUUCCACCGAAGCGGCUGUUCUGCGUGUAAACCCGCGCGCCAUCGUCAGUAUUAAUAUUCAGCUUCUGUAAUGUUCGCUUUGCCUUUGGUUAACUUUGAUGGCAAUGCACUACACGCAAUGAGCUUUUUUUUUGCCGAGACGACGGUCCGUUUCUGCUGAGAACACGCGAAGGUACGACCGCCGACGCUGUUGCUUGGGGCUUCUUGUGUUUUCGUACCGAUUUUGCGAAAACCAUCGUUGCCCCCCCUCCUCCUCCUCCCCCCUGCCCUCUCCGUGUUUUGCCACUGCUGCAAACCUGCGAUAUCGCAACUACAGCCGCUGUAAUAUUGAACACAUAAUCUGUACGUUCAUAUACGAUAACCUUGUAACACUUUUUUUAAAUACCUCGCCAUUCAGCGUGUUGUAGCCGUAUCGUAAAAAAUAACAACGGCAGCAGCACCUGCGGUGUGCGCGUUGCCACAUUCAGUCAGGGUUCCGCAUUGGCAUACUGAGGUCACAUUCUACUCUGGCGACGUGUAUUGCUCUUUAUAUGCCCCCUCCGGUUCCUCUGCGUUUUUCUUUCAGGCUCACUUCAGAAGUGUCUGGAAUGGGAACAUUGUAGUAGCGAGCAACAUCUUCCGAGUCGCACGACCAUCCCGUGUUACAUUGUACGUGGAAAGCUGCAGCUCGGCAACAACAGAAUCACUUUGUUUGUGCCGUUCUUUGCUCAUCUGCGCUGCCCUGUUUAUAUCAACAGUUAAAUUGAAACAAAAAAUCCAUGAAUAUUUACGGGAGCUUGUGACCUGUAUUUGUCAAGACAUUAAAUUUGGCUUUUAAUUCCACCGGAAUACAGGCUGUCAUAUUUUAUAAGGUAUUGAGAUAUAAAUGCUUAGUCUAAAAAUAUUUUAUUUAAUGUUUUUUGUUUGUUAUACUGCCAUUGCGACAUGUAUUUGAACUAUUAGUGACAUUGCUUAACUGUGGCUGUUAUGAAUUAUUAUCAACUGUUCACUUUUGUAAAAUAAAGUAAAUUAACUUUACAGAA